AGGAAUAGUAGCUUGGAGCCUCUGGCAGCUUUUCCUGGACCCCAUUCUACAAUAUUUCUUCAUUUGUACAUCGCACCCUACAAAACCUAAGAAGUGAGAGGAAAAGAGAAACCAGCGUACUAACUUUCCUGAAUACUGACUCUGAGGCCAUUGGAAUAAGAAAACUACAACUCCCACUGGUCCUGAAACUGUGGUCUUUUGCAGCUGUGAAGUGGCUAAAAGCAGUUAACAUACUCUUUGGCAGCCUUGGACCCGCAUUACCUUUUGAGGCUACUCUGAACAAGCUAGCCUCCCUCACAUUCUUUGGGAGGAAUUCUGGGCAAUUGGAAGGUUUUGGCUUGACAGAGGCAUCUAACGAUACCAGUCAGCUAAAAGGCAAGAGUCUCCAUUGGCAUACUGGUUCUUGCCUCUGAAAUGUAGGUGGCGUGCAUACAACAGCAGCAAGCCACCGGAGGACUAGAAAGCAUCAGAAGGUAAGACUGUUCUCUUGACUACUGACUUACCAAAGCAGCCUUACCAUGAUAAAACAACAGUGGAAAUGAUGAGGAGAAAUACUCAGGCAGUGACACAAGGGCAGAAGCAACACAGCGCAUGAAGGGAGGCAAAUAUUCCUGUUCAGUACUGGAGAAAGAGGGGAAGGAGACUAAACGGCAAGCACAGCCCACAGGCCGGGCCAGAGAGUGUGCAAACAGACUGUGUAGAUGCUUCCCCAGUGAAGGGCUGCCAAGAAUUGUGCAUGAUGCCCCCACAGCACGGACAAGACAGCAGGUAAAAAAGAGGGAACGGGUGCAAAUCAAAGACCACCAAGAACGCAUGCUUCGAGGGAGGGAACUCACAGAGCAAAGACUCAAAGAACAACUCAUGCAGAAAGACCAGAGCCAGUUCCCUUCACUUGAGAAGCUCCAUCGAGUGAAGGAAGAGAUGAAGGACUGUGAAAGGGCCAAUGCACACCCGCUUCUGCAGCUACGCACUAAAAGUCUCAUUAAGUUGGAGAGUCUUUUGGAGAAGUCUCAGGCAGGAGAUGAAUGGAAAACAGCUGUAAAGCCCAAUCAAAAGAAAUGCUUGGCCCUGCCACCAUUUUUGAGAAGUCAUGUACGAAAAAUCAAAGAUCAGUAAAAUUUCAGUGCCUUUUGU